UGCCGGACCUGGCCUGCGGCCGGGCCAUUGCUGGCGGCUGUGUGCUACUAUGGAACAGUGCUCGGUACUGCUGAACUUUCUCGACGGAUACUUGACAGAACGAUCGCGAAAAAAUCAUCCUUUCAUCGGUUUCUAAUCGAAGUGAUUGGCACAGCACAAAUUUGCACUUGCGUUUUCGAGAACGCCGUCAUCGUGCAACACUACGGUGUGUCGUCGUUUUUUAUCGUCACCUCGGUGCUCGGGUUUAUUUUUAGCUCAACUGGUCGAGGUAGUUAUGGUACACCACUAUCUCCUAUUGAAUUGCUCUACUAUGGUGAAAUGAGAUUAUCUCGAUUUCUAAUGUUUUUAUUAGCCGAAAUUGUUGGCGGAUCUAUCGCGUGGCAUAUCGCCAAGUCACUGUGGUUCCAUUCACUACAAUAUUCACAAGCACACAUGGAAAUGUUCGUUAAUAGUCAGAAUAUGUGCCAUAUUACUCACCAGCGAGACUUCAUCUUUGCACUCGCCUUUGAAAUCACUGGAUGCUUUGUUAUUCGAUUAGUACUGCCAAGGCUGCCGUCAAAUAUAGGCAAAUAUCUCGCUCCUGCUUUUAUUGCGAGUCUAUUUUCUUUC